AAUCUUUUGAAUAUAUAUUAAAUAAUAUGGAGUUUGAUGACUAGGAGAUAGCCACGUUGGAAGUGUCGAAAAAUAAUGACAAGAAUUUGUUUUAAUUAAAAGUUUAACAUAAAAACAUUGAAAUUUUCAACUAUACCAUAAAAAUUAAGUUUCGUCCACAAUGCUCAUAAAACAAAUAGAGCGUGCCGUUGUUGCAAGCUGGGCACCAGGAGGUACUCAACUUAUCGGUGGUUCAGCUGCUCAACAAUUAGAUGCAUCAUUCAAUACAUCGGCUGCCUUGGAAGUAUUUGAUUUAGGAUUGGCUCAACCUACAGGAGAAUUGCAACAAGUAGCUUCAAUCCCCAGUGAAAACAGAUUUCAUAAACUAGUUUGGGGUCCACAUGAUAAAACUAGUAAUGCUGGAAUAGUUGUUGGCGGUUGCGAUGAUGGAAUCUUACAAAUUUACAAUGCUGAUAAAUUACUUGAAUCAAAUGAAAGUGCAUUAGUAGCAAAAACUGAUAAACAUAGUGGACCGGUUCGAGCAUUAGAUUUCAAUCCGUAUCAAACGAACUUACUUGCAACGGGUGCUUCACAAUCUGAAAUAUUUAUUUGGGAUUUAAACAAUACGUCUACACCGAUGACACCUGGAACAAAAUCACAACCACCUGAAAAUGUACAAUGGAUUUCUUGGAAUCGACAAGUUCAACAUAUUCUAUCAUCAACAUUUGCUUCACGAUGCGUAGUAUGGGAUUUACGGAAAAAUGAACCAAUUAUUAAAUUAACCGAUAGUAAUGGUCGCGUUAGCUGGAGAAUUGUUUCUUGGCAUCCAGAUGUCGCAACACAACUAUGCUUAGCUUCUGAAGAUGAUUUAGCUCCAAUUAUUCAACUAUGGGAUUUACGUUUUGCAACAGCUCCACUAAAGGUAUUAGAAAAUCAUACUAGAGGUGUUUUGUCGAUGGCCUGGUGUCAACAAGAUCCUGAUUUAUUAAUCAGUUGUGGAAAAGAUAAUCGAAUACUUUGUUGGAAUCCAAACAGUAAUGUUCCUGGUGGUGAAGUAUUAUCCGAGUUAGCGCGGACAUCACAAUGGAGUUUUGAAGUCUCAUGGUGUCCCAAAAAUCCUGCUCUUAUAUCAGCUAGUACUUCUGAUGGUUUGUUAUCUGUGUAUUCGUUAAUGGGUGGACCAUCGAAAGCGCAAAUACAAGUUUCACAGCAACAAACUUCGCAAAUGUUAGCAGAUAGUUUCCCUGGAAUGGGAGAUUAUAUACAGAAUCCUCCUCAAAGUCAACAUACACAAGAGCAAGUUAACUCUGAUUUGGCUAAGCCUCCAAAAUGGUUAAAGAAGCCAAUUGGUGCUAAAUUUGGAUUUGGCGGAAAAUUGGUUUCAUUUUUGAAUGAGAAAAGUGCACCACCACAACCGGGCGAUGUUGGACAAAUUGGUUUAAGAAUGGCUUAUGUAAGUCAAGUUGUUACGGAACCAAAUUUUGUUGAACGUUCAAAUGAACUAGAAAAUGUCAUUCAAACUGGAAAUUAUUUGGAUUAUUGUCGUUUAAAAGCAGAUGCAACUACAUCACAGCAUCGUCGCUAUGUUUGGUACUUCCUUAAAACAUACUUCGAACCAAAUUCUAGAAGUGAAAUUUUAAAUAUGCUUGGAUAUAAACAAGAGGAUGUUUAUUCGAAAUUAAGUCAACAUGUUAGUAAGACAAAAACUACUGAAGUUGAUAAUUUAACGAAUCAAAUGGCAUCAUUAAAUCGUGGAGUUAGUAGUGAAUCUGAGGAUCCGGUGCUUUCCAGUGAUACUAGUGCCGAUCUCUCGCCUGGAUUAGAUGGUAGCGGAGUAUUUGAUGCCAUUGCAGCGAACACAAGUCAAUUAGAAGAAGAAAAACAACAGCCUUUUGAAAUUAAUACUUCAGACGAUAGUGAAGGCCUUAUUACACAAGCCUUAUUAACAGGAAAUAUCGAAUUAGCCGUCGAUUUAUGUUUUGAAAAUGAUCGAAUGGCUGAUGGUUUAGCGUUAGCCACAACUGGUGGACCUGGCCUUAUUGUUCAAGCACAACAACGAUAUUUAAAAGAAACAGCUAAUACAAGACUUGCACCAAUUGUUAAAGCUUUAAUCACUGAAGAUUGGCUUGCAGUUAUUGAAAAUUGUAAACCAAAUUGUUGGCGUGAAGCUUUAGUUGGACUAUUAACAUAUGCAUCCGAACAUCAAUUGUCAUAUCUUGUCCAAAAAUUGGGUGAACGAUUACAACAAUCUGAAAAUAGCCACGAAGAUGCUAUCUUAUGCUAUAUAUGUGCUGGAAGUAUUCAAAAUUUAGUAAACUUAUGGUGGAAAGAUAACCAUAAUAUUGAUGAACUACAAGAAUUGGUUGAGGUUGUUGCAAUACUACAAAAAGCAAUUGAACUACAAGGACGUCAAGUUGAAGUGAGUGGAAAAUUUGCAAAACUUUUAACACAGUAUGCAUUAUUAUUAGCAGCAGAAGGAAAUUUAGCUCCAGCACUAGCCUAUUUGAGUUCUGCAAGUUCAGACAACACGUUAAAUAAUCUUCGAAACAGAUUACAUUGUGCAUUAGGCCUUAAACAAGCAUAUAAUGCAAUAACGGCACCUAGAAUUCAACAAGGUCAAUCGCAUAAUUUAGCAAGUCAAAGGAAAAAUAGUUACUAUGCACCUCAACAACCGUCUAUAAAUCCACCUCCAGCAUUUCAACAACCACCUCCAGCAUUUAACACAAAUCCGUAUAAUGCGAAUACUGGAAUAAAUUCCCCGGCUCCUAAUCAAUCACAAACUCCAGCAUGGAUGCAGCAAAACAAACCGGCACAGCCACAGAUGAAUCCACAAAUGCCAUCGGCUAUACCAAAUGCAUAUACAUCGCAACCACCUCAAAAUUAUUCACCUGGACCACCUUCAUUAAAUGCUGCUGUACCCCCACCGCCUCGGCCGUCCAGCGUCAGUUCUACACAAGGAUCCAGUGGAUUACCAAAGAGUAAAUACGUUUUAGAUCCAUCUGUUCAGCCAUCUGUACCAUCUUAUAACUCCUAUGGGGGAGGCUCUGUAGGAAUGACGAAUUUCAAUACGAAUCCCAUAUCAUCUGUACCAUUAAGUAAUCCCAUGAUGCAAUCGCAACCAAUGCCUCCAUUAACAACGCAACCAACAUCCAUGAAUUUUGCUACAUGUCAACCAGGUCCAAAUAAUCCAAUAAUACAUCCAUCAGCACUUUCAUCCUAUAACAAUCAAGCAGUAUCAUCACCAGCGUAUAAUCCUUUAAUACCACCAAAUCCCUUAAAUCAACAAACGAGCAAUCCAUUACUUCCACCAAUGAUACCGACAAAUCCACAAUCCACAACGAAUAUUUUAAAUCCGGUUAACGUAAGUCAAAGUAACAACAAUCCCUUACCCUAUCCAUCAAAUCCAUUACCUCCUGGGCCUAAUUUUGGAAAUAAUCAAAAUAUUUACAAUCCACCCUCAUCGAAUCAAAUGCAAAUGAAUGCAAAUACGGUAACAGCUCCGCCACCCGUAGCUCCGCCGACAGCUUAUCAACAGUCAGCUCCUGGAUGGAAUGACCCACCUGUAUUAAGUAAAAGUAAUAAACAAAAUAUAUGGGGGCAGUUAGAGAUGUCACCUUAUCAUUCUGGAACUCGUAUGUGGAAUAAUGUUAUAUCACAUGAUGAUGAGCAUAGCAAAAAUGAAAGUGCACCACCCAAUCCAAUAACACACCCGCUGUAUGCAAGUGCAGCCCCCGAUCAAAAUAAUGGUUAUAUGAAUCAACAACCAAGUUAUGGUGCUCCAUACGGAAAUACCGGUCAAACUACGAAUGGAUAUAAUCAAGUUCCGAAUAUUGGAAGUACAGCACCGCCUCAGUUCAAUACCACUGGAUCAUUUCCCAUGCAACAAAUGCCAUUAGCACAAACUCCACCCGUUGUAGAGGCAGCAAAAGAAGUUGCACCUCCAAAACAAAAAGGUCCUAUUCCAGAGGAACAUAUACAUUUAAAAACAGUUUUAGAUGAAUUGCAAGUACAGUGUUAUCAAUCAGCAAAUAAUCCGCAAUAUAAAAGAAAAUUGGAUGAUGUUAAAAGAAAAUUAGAAUGUUUAUAUGAUUUACUAAGAGAUAAUUUGUUAUCACCAAAUACCUUAACAUUAUUACAUCAAAUGAUACAAAUGAUUCAACAAGGCGACUAUAAUGGUGGUCUUAAUGUACAUACCCAAUUAGUAUCUGGACCAGAUUUUUCACAAAUAGCUACAUUUAUGCCUGGUUUAAAAGUUUUAUUACAAAGUGCUCAUCAAUUGGGUGUAUAUCUUAGAUAAAGAAAACAUUAUUAUCAAAAAUCU